AUGCUCGAAGAAUUGACGAAACGAGUCAAAUUCGGCAAAAAGAAGAUAGAGGCGAACGAUAAGAAGGUGGAGAACUACAACUCGAGGGUCGACCAGAUUCUUGGGGCACCUCCGGUGUUGAAGGGAUCGGAUUCCAAAAAAUUCGUCCAAAUGCCUUUUCCGCCAAGUGCGGCGCCGAUGAAAAUCCCGAAGAGAUUUCGCAUGCCCGAUAUCCUGAAGUAUAGCAGGACAACGGAACCAAAUGAACAUGUGACCGCAUACACGUGCUCUAUUAAAGGCAACGAUCUCGCCGAUGAUGAAAGGGAAUCGAUGUUGCUUAAGAAAGUAGGGGAAACCGUGUCCAAGGGAGAAAUGAUAUGGUAUCACAACUUGCCCGAGCAUUCGAUUGAUUCAUUUGCCAUGCUCGCGGAUGCUUUUGUCAAAGCUCACGCUAGAGCCAUCAAGGUCGAAACCCGAAAAUCGGACUUGUUCAACGUUAAGCAGCGAGAUGAAGAAACCCUCCGCGCGUUUGUGGCCCGGUUUCAAAUGGAACGCAUGGACUUACCUCCGGUCACUGACGAUUGGGCCGUUCAGUAUCAAUCGAAAAUCAGGGUCGAAAAUGUUAAGAUUCUGAGAGCCACCUCAGUAUCAUGGCAUUCCGGUAAAGGGAAUGAUCGAUCGAGGAGAACGACGGAUCGAGAUUCAAGACCAUCAUAUGACAGGUAUCAACCUUAUCCACCUGAUCGAAGGGACAACAGGCGCAACAACAAAUCGAGCAAGAACGAUAGGAGGAAUGAUCGAAGGAGCAAUCGAGGCCCAAGUAAUCGUGGAUUGAUGAACAAAAAUGUUGUCGAUAGAACCUCGGGAAAUAGAGAAAUUCCAAGGUUAUCCGAGUAUAAUUUCUACGUCGAUGUAGCAACCAUAGUAGUGGCCGUUAUCCGUAACAGAGAAACAAGGCACCUAAGGCCAAUCCAAUCUGAUCUAGAGAAGCGGGAUAAAAGUCUUAUUUGCAAAUACUAUCACACUCACGGCCAUCGAACUGAAGAUUGUCGGCAGCUGAGAGAGGAGGUUGCCCGUCUGUUUAAUUUGGGACACCUUCGAGAAUUUCUAAGUGAACGAGCAAAAACUCACUUCAAGAAUGUGGACGCCAACAAGCAAGAUAGACCGGAAGAGCCUCAGCAAGUGAUACACAUGAUCAUGGGAGGAACGAACAUUCCCCUACGGGCGAUAGUGAAACGCACCAAAAUUUCCAUAACAAAAGAAAAGCGUAUUCGGAAUGAUGACCCUGACGGUCCCAUCUCGUUCAAUGACGAGGACAUGGAAGGCAUCGUUCAACCUCAUAACGACGCACUGGUAGCUCGGCUAAUAUCAUCUGAUUCCAUCGACCAGCUGGGGCUACUAAAUCAAAUCGUACCAACAAUAAGAGUCCUCAACAGAUUCAACAUGGCCUGCGAGAAGACGAAGGGUAAAAUCACCUUACCGAUCAACAUGCCAGGAACUACGCAGCAGACCAAAUUUUAUAUGAUAGAGGGAGACAUAGGAUACAAUGCAUUGUUGGGAAGACCGUGGAUUCACCUCAUGAAAGCGGUCCCCUCAACUAUGCAUCAGGCGUUGAAAUUCUCGACCCCAGAGGGGAUCAAAACCAUUCAUGGUGAACAACAGGCCGCAAAGGAAAUGUUCGCGGUCAAAGAAUCUGUUAAGACGACAAAGAUACCGAAUUGGAACGAAGGGGAAAGUGCCAAAUAG